ACAACCACGGUAUAUAAAUGCAGUGGGCAGACGGGAUGCAAUCAGUUUCUUGUCCUCUUGCUUAGCAGAGAACGUCUACGAAAUGAAUCGACUAGUGUUAGCGUUCGGUAUCGUCUGCUUACUGCAGGGACUCUCUGCUGAGCCGAGACCAGAGUUUGGUCUUAGCAUCGAAAUCGCUGGCAGCAGUAAGCUUACAGCAGUGAGUGAUCAAGUGGGCACCAUCAAGGGCGAAAUCAAGGGACUACUUCCGAUCGGUACCAUUUCAUCCCUAUUGCCAAGCCUCUUAACCACAAAGGAAAAGGUCGAAGCCAUCAUUAACAGUUUUGAGAGUAAGGUGAAUGACAUCACCCUUGCCUACACCAACUUGCUGAGCGCGUCAAACAAUGAUGUGGACGCUGCGUUCGGACCCUUCGUGGACGCUAUCGGUGCUACACAAACCUUCGUUUCUGUCCAGGGUUUGGCCGUUGCUGACGCUCUGUCCGCGCUUACGUUCACCGGCAUCUCGGAUCAACUUAAAGAUGCGUUCUCGCGCAUCAACCUCGGUUUGGGGGACCUGAGAACGAAGACCGUAAGCGUAAAGGACGCUAUCCUGGCCGCCGUAACCGCCGCAGGUUCGGACACUGUCACCGAGGAGGGCCUUCGCCAGUUCCUUACUCUGAAGAAGAUGUACGACCUGCUGAGGUCUGCUACUACUCUGCGGUCGUACCUGCCGCUCGUGAAGUACAUUCUGCUAACCGUUAAGGAGAACCUGGCCGAAGCCGACUCGUUCUUGAUGAACCUUAAGGAUCAGCUGGCAGGUGAUGUGAGCUCGGUGGCGGAAAGUUUCACCUCUGCAAUUGAUGCCAAAACCUCCGCAAUCAAAGAUGAAGUGGCAAACAAAUUCGCCACCGAUGCUACUAGAGCAGAUGAAAUUUUCGCAGCGGUCAGUGGCUUGACGGGCAUUGUAAGUGCUACGAAGUUUAGCGACCUGCAGGCAGCCAUGCUGGUGCUGAAAAAUUUGUUCACGACCGCUGAACUGUCCGCGCAGACGACCGCUUUGAGUCAAGCGUUCGCCUCCAUUACCACUCAGCUCGCAUCACGCAUCACCGCCCUGCAAGCUUCAGCCAGCGUGACCGAUAAUCCGCUGGUCAUCAGCCUUGUCAACAACCUGGUCGGCAAUGAUGAAUACGGUCGCUACUGCUACCACAAGUACAAAGAUUUGGUGGAGAAUCUGUUCGACCUGUCCUUCGAUGCUGGCUGGCAGUGCAUUGACAAGGAGAUUCUUCGUCUCGAGCACCUGCGAGUGACUCUCGAGCUUAUCUUCGAGCUGCUGGCGUACGACUUCGAUGAGGUAGCGUCGCAGGUUACCGUUUGCGACAAGCUCACCAACGCCGACAACCUGAACGCUUGCAUCUCAUCGCUGUCCUCGUUCUACACCGAGCUGUUCACGGCCACCAAGGCUAAGGUCGGCGUGCUGUUCCAGCUCGCCAUCGACGAGGCCGUCGCCGUCGAGAACCGUCUGCUUAUCUGCUUCGAGCUGGUCAACCUGGACACGUCCAUCACGCAGGUGGCUGAGAUUUCCGCCGACCUGGAAAUUUGCAGCGUGCAAGGCCCCAACGGCUCGGAUUAAGCGUAGUAAAUGCAAAACAACAUUAGCAAAAAAAACAACCACAUUCCUCCUUCCAACGGCAGGCCUAUAUAAACUGAUGGUGCCAGAGAAAUAGCUUGAAUAAAUGCAACGAACCUACUGCACACGACUCUUUCGCAGCUAGAAAAAAUCAAAA